AUGAGCGCAGGGAUCGCGCUUGGCUUGCUGGUAUCUUACUGGGUACAAUAUGGCGCGCUCAAGAUUCCAGGAACAGCCGCGUGGCGCAUGUGCUUUGCCUUGCAGCUAGUACCUGGGGUCUUAGUGGGUAUGCUGAUUUAUCUACGCCCAGAAUCUCCACGCUGGCUGUUGCAACACGAUCGCAGCGACGAGGCACUUCAAGUUUUGGCAGACCUUCAUGGCCACGGUGACUGCUCCGAUCUAUCCGUACAAGCCGAGUUCCAAGAAAUUCGUGUAGUCGUGCAAUAUGAGGGCCGCAGCCCUCCUCCGUCAUACCUGAGCCUACUCAUCAAAGCGCCCUACAGGCGUCGCACUGCGCUAGCAAUGGGUCUGCAAUUUAUGCAGAACAUCAGCGGCGUCAACAUCGUCUUCUACUAUGCGGCCAAGGUAUUCGCGCAGACUGGACGCACCGGGACCCAAGCGGCAAUGCUAGCGAACGGCAUCGGAUCCUCCCUGUUCCUUGUUGCCUCCUUUUCGCUCACUGUCGUGAUUGACCGAUACGGUCGACGGAAGCCAAUGAUUAUCGGCCCAAGCCUCAUGGGCAUCUGCAUGCUUGUUGUUGGCAUGUUACUAGUUGGCUACGGCUCGCCGCAUUUCGAUGCCGAAUCCCAGCAGAUGAAAUACAGCUUUGCGGACAAUGAGGUGUUCCCUAUCUCCGCGAGAGGCAGAGGGACUGCACUUUCUGCCUGCAUUAAUUGGUUUGCGAAUUUUUGGCUUGGUUUAUAUAUGCCUGAAGCGUUGAAUAAGGCUGCAUGGAACAUUUAUUUCGUUUUCGGGGGUGUUUGCAUCGCGACUUCUUAUGUUACGUAUUUGUUCUAUCCGGAGACUGCGCAGCGGUCGCUGGAGGAGCUUGAUUUGUUGUUCACACCGAAUCGGCGUAAGCUGGUUUGCUUUGACUGGGAGGCAUGUCAGAAGGGGUCAUUGCUGCAUCGUGAUUUCGAGGGCGUGGAGGUGGCACAGCAGCUGGAAACUGCGCUGGUCAUGGGAGGGAUUGAGAAGACAGUGUGAGUUGAAGAUUUCUUUUUGCGCUUAGUAUACCCGAUACAUACUAGUAUGUUCAAGGGACCGUGCUAAAGAGAAUAAUACGAAAUUUUGACUCGUACGCGAAUAACAAG